UCCUUGAGCGUCGCAUAUUAUUUGGGGCCAGUUUCCUUCGUUUCCCGUCGGCGUGUAUGCAACUAGUGCUAUUCUGCGCCUCGCAAUCAAAUGUAACACUGAGUAGUUCCACUUAGUGAGCUUUCUUUCAAUGUAGGCAGAGCUUCUUCGUGAAAGCAGCAUAUCUCAUUUUCCGUGGCCUGACGAAUAAUAUUGGCUUUUGUCAUGACUGGAAAGAGCUCUGAAGAAGGCAGCAGUCCAGCCCGUUCCAGUGGAUCAAAUACGAACCAGAAUGUUCCAGACUUCCUGCGAGGCCUGCCCUGCCGCGACUCGAAGAACUUCUCCAAGUUCUCGGCCGACAGCGGGCCCAAGGCGUCGGGCAAGAAGGCGCCGAUUUACAUGCCGACUACCGACCAUCCUUCCGCGCAAGUGAUUGUGACCGAGAAAACAAACAUUCUUCUGCGAUACCUUCACUGGAGGUGGGAGAAAAAGCUGCAGGACCAGUCCAAGAAGCGCAGCGCCGGCAGUGCGGACGUGGACGAGGGCGCCUCGGCGCGGAAGCGGGCGCGCUCGGACCGGGCCGACACGUCGCCCUAGACGGCGUGGCGCCGGCUGUCGGCUGUGAUGGCGCUGAUCGCUGGCUGCCCGCCGGCGGACCGGGGCC